AUGCGUCUGAUCAAUGUCAACACCUUCAAGCUGAAAGAGUUCUUCGGCGCUGAUACUCCGCACUAUGCCAUACUCUCACACCGAUGGGAGAAAGAAGAGGUUACCUUCCAGGACUUGAUGAGUGGGCGAGGAAAGACUAUGCUUGGGUGGAAGAAGAUUGAAGGCUGCUGUCAAAUGGCUUCGCGCGAUCAACUAGAGUGGGCUUGGGUUGACUCCUGCUGUAUCGACAAAACCAGUAGCGCCGAACUCUCAGAGGCCAUCAACAGCAUGUUUCGCUGGUAUCGCGAUGCGGAAGUUUGCUAUGCGUACCUUUCUGAUGUUUCGGGUCCUUUGGAGUGGACAUUUGGGGUGAAUAUGCACCCUAGGAUGAAGAUGCAGGACUUUCGUUCUAGCAAGUGGUUCACGAGGGGGUGGACGUUGCAGGAAUUGCUCGCCCCGGACGAACUCAAGUUCUUCGAUAAAGAUUGGGAGGAGAUGGGAACAAAAGAGAGCCUUGGUGAAACACUUUCUCAAGUGACGGGUAUCAAAUAUCUGUUCAAUUUCGAGGAUGCGAGUGUGGCUCAGAAGAUGAGCUGGGCGGCGGAUCGAGUAACUACCAGGCUUGAGGAUCAAGCUUACUGCCUCUUGGGCAUAUUCGGCGUCAACAUGCCGCCACUAUACGGAGAAGGGCCUGGUGCUUUUCUCAGACUGCAGCUUGAGAUUAUGAGGAUCUCAAGCGAUGAGUCUCUCUUCGCCUGG